AUGGAUAAAAUAAUUAAAUUAUUUUUCUUAAUUAAAAUUGUUACGCUUAGUUUUUUAAUGUGGAUAUGCCUUUUUACCAAUGAUGCGAGAAUAUUAAAUAAAUUAUUGGAUGAAAAAUAUUUUGUUGAUAGUAAAUUAGUUGGAAGAGCAUGCCGAUUAUUAGGAAAACAUAAACAUGAAAAACGUUCAAAUGUUGUAUGGAUAAAAGAACUUCCAAAUAAUGGGGAGUUCAAGAAAAAAGUUAUAUCUAAUCAUGAUGAUAUGGAUAUAAGAAAAAGGAAACAAUCAAAUAGACGUUCAUUAGAUAAAACGGAACUCUAUACAGAAGUUAUAGAUUAUGAUAGUGGAAUGUUUGAUGGGAAGCAUUAUCAUUAUGAAAAAAAAUGGAUUAAUAAAAAGGAUUAUGAUAAUAUACUUAAAAGAAAAAGGAGAAUUAAUUUUGUGACUUUAAGUAAAAUGAAAUAUAAGGGGUAUGGAUUAGUGGUUGCCAUAUUUUUAUUUUUAUUAUUGUUCGGAAUAGGAUUACCUAUAUUGGAGUUUUCAGGGGUCAAGGAAACUAUUGGAAAGAGCUUGUCCAGUGCCACAUGGUGGUCACCUAUGAAAGACUUUGGAAAUAUGUUAUCAUCAUUUCUUCCAGAAGUAAUAUUAGAUAAUAUUUUUAUAAUAUCAUAUGUGGUGUCUAUCAUUAUGUUAGCUAUCGUACUUGUAGUAUUGAUCCCUAGGAUUUUAGGAAAUAAUGAAAAAUAUAAAAAAAUUAAGUUGAUGAAAGAAUAA